AUGGCCAUCGAGAAGAUCAUCCACCCGAGAAACAGCAAGAAACUCCGAGCCAACAACUGGAUAUGGCGAAAAGACGCUAUCACGGCGCUUCACCUCGCGCUUCGAUCCACGUAUGCAGUCGGGUCCGGCUUUAUGGACCCGACCAUUCAGAAAAAUCUGGCCAUGCUUGACAUUACAUGGUCGUUACCGGCUUUGAAGGCCAGUCAUUUUGACCCGGAAGCUCAGUCGGUUGCAAAUAUGUCCGUGGCGACCGAGGGGGAACAACAGUGGAACGAUAGGGAGAGCUCUCUUUUCUCAUUGUCCAUGAUUGUGGUCGCGCUAGUUUGCAGCAUCUUUCUCGUCGCUCUCGACAUGACUAUUGUAGCCACCGCCAUCCCUCAAAUCACCGAAGAUUUCCAUUCCCUCGACCAGAUUGGCUGGUACGGCAGUGCAUUUUUUCUGACCACCGGCUCUUUUCAGGCAGCAUGGGGUAAAUUGUACAAAUAUACACCCCUCAAGAUCUCCUUCCUAGCGAGCAUAUUCAUUUUCGAGGUCGGAUCUCUCAUAUGCGCUGUCGCUCCCAAUUCUACGGUCUUGAUCAUCGGCAGAGCUGUUGCUGGAGUAGGUGCUGCCGGUGUGGUGUCUGGUGCUUAUAUCAUUAUCGCCUUCUCGGCACCGCCGAAAAGUCGACCUGUGUUUACAGGCGUAAUGGGGGCAACUUUUGGCAUGGCCUCGGUGCUGGGGCCGCUUCUUGGAGGCAUCUUUACGGACGCUCUCAGUUGGAGAUGGUGUUUCUAUAUCAACCUUCCAGUUGGGGGCAUGGCCGCCAUGAUCAUCAUUUUCUGGUUUCGAGCUUCGGUGAAGCCCGAACCAGCGCCAUGGCAAGAGAUUCUCCUGCAACUGGACUUUCCUGGAACCUUUACGCUCAUGGCCGCCAUCGUCUGCUAUCUGCUUGCCAUACAGUGGGGUGGCACCACCAAGCCGUGGUCUGAUGUUGCUGUGGUCACUCCUCUCGUGUUCUUCGGACUCCUAAUUGUUGCCUUCAUCGCUAUUCAGUACUUCCAAGGCGAUCGAGCACUCCUCCAGGGCAGGCUUCUAAAAGACAGGACGAUCGCCGCCAUGGCAUUAUACGAAUUCAUCCUCUCCGGGGCCUUCUUCACAAUACUCUACUAUUUGCCGAUAUACUUCCAGGCGACGCGCAAUGUCUCGGCAGCAAAAUCGGGAAUUGACAAUAUUCCGCUCGUUCUGGGUACAUCGUUAUUUACGAUUCUGUCGGGUAUUGUGCUCUCCACUUGGGGAUACUACGUGCCGGUCCUGGCCGUCGGCAGUAUAUUCGCCAGUAUCGGGUCCGGCCUCAUCUACACCCUCGACGUUAACUCUCCUUCCCGCGAGUGGAUCGGCUACCAGGCGGUCAUUGGCGUCGGAAUUGGCCUCGUAAUUCAAGUCCCAGUCAUUGUGGGUCAAGCCGUUGUACAGCCUUCCGACAUCUCCUCGAUAUCCGCGAUCAUGCUCUUCUUCCAGAGUACCGGCGGCAGUAUCCUCAUCUCUGGCGGACAGGCAGGAUUCACAAACAAGCUCAUCCAGACCAUCCCCCACAAAGUCCCCGGACUGGAUCCCGCCGUCGUGAUCGCCACCGGCGCGACCGAUCUACGAAAAGUGUUCGAUGCGGACCAAAUACCCGGCAUUCUCGCUGCGUACAUCGAGGGGCUGAGGGUCCCGUUCGCCCUUUGUAUUGCAUGUUGCUGUGUCACAUUCUUGGUUUCCUUUGCUCCCAAGUGGGGUAGCGUCCGAGGGUCGGUGAAUGUGGCUGCAUGAGAAGAAUCAUGAGGUGCCUGGAUGCAAUAUUGCACCAUGCGUUGCACCUUUGGGAGCAAACAGGUUUAUAUUAUACUAUUAAUU